AUGUCAAUUUUUAGAGAAAAAUAAAGAACUCAACUAUUUAUAAUAGGAAAGGAUUUUACUACUCACAGAAGAUAAUAAAAAAUUUUAAUAAUUAGAAAAUUAAAUUAAAAGCAAUUAAAAUAGUAAGUAUAUUAAUAACUGUAGACAGCAGUAAAAUAAUAUUAUAGAGUUCAAAAUUUAUUCCAUAAAAACUACUUCAAAGAAGCUUCAAUUAAAAUAAUUAAAACAUAGAAAACAUAUCCUUUUAGAUCAGCUGACUAUCAUUGUAAAACAGAAAGGCAAUAAUUUUAAGAGCAAGAGUCAUUUGCAUCUUAUAUUGAAUUAAAGCUAAACUAAUUGUAUACUGAUUCAAUUGAUGCUCAGAAUUCUUUGAGAUCCAAACAACAAUCUUGCCCAAAUAGUUUGCUUUAAUCAUAUUUAAUUAACACUAAUGCAGAUAUAAUAGAUAUUUCCAACUAAAAAAUGUUAUAGAUAAGAAAAUAUUAAAAAUGA